GUUCGUGUGUCCAUUACCGAGGUCUGCUCCGCGAAAUUCCGAAAUUUGUCCCCGUUACGGUGCAAAGUUCCGGUCAAAUUUGGUCUCCGGAGGUUCGUCACGGUGCCGCGAACCGGAUGCGAUAGUUUUCCACCCGCCAUGGACGGCUUUCCGGCCGGAAAGAGCGGUUUUCGUCCGUAGUAAUCCGUCGUCGUCGUCGCCGCCGCUGCUACUCCUCCAGCGCUCGGUAGAAAGAAAAGAACAAGGACGGCGAGAUGCAGUUUGCUGGUGGAACGAACAAGACACAUGUUCCAGCCUGACGUCACGCAGCAGAAAGCAGCAGUCUCGUCGUCGGUCGACGACGUCGUCGCCGUCGUCGUCUUCGUUGUUCUAGAAAAGGUCUCAUCGACGGAAGCAGUGAAGUUGAAGUGAUUUGAAGCGAGCUUAACACGGUUGUGUGUUCAAGAAACAAGUGACACUUUGUGAACGUUCUGGAAACCGUGAAAAAAGAAGUGUUAAAAUGUAUACCAUGGACGAUAAGACGUCGUCCGGGAGUGGGGGAGGAGCGAGUGUGAGCGGCGGGUGCAGUGGGGAAACGAAGGUCAUUUAUCACAUUGACGAUGAGACGACGCCGUACUUGGUGAAGAUCCCGCUGCCGUCGGCCCAGGUCACGCUGAAGGACUUUAAGCUGGUGCUGAACAAACAGAACAUCAACUACAAGUACUUCUUCAAGUCGAUGGACGCCGACUUUGGCGUGGUGAAGGAGGAGAUUGCAGACGAUUCCACAAUAUUGCCAUGCUUCAACGGGAAGGUCGUGUCGUGGCUGGUGACGGCCGACGGUUCGAACCAGUCGGACUGUUCCGAGAUGCAACCGUCGGAGAUCAUCGAUGGGCGGCCGACGUUGGCUCAGCUGCGCACGAUGAACAAGCCGAUGAACAACAUGAUGAACAUCCCGAUGAACCCGCUGACGUACCAGUCCGCUUCGGUGGUAUCCAGCGAUCUGGACUCGACCAGCUUGUUCGAGACGGAGAGUGAAAUCACGCUGGAUCGGGACAUGACAGAGUGCAGUAGCGUGCAGCGAUUGCAGGUGCGGAAAAAGCCGCAACGGCGUAAAAAGCGGGCACCGACCAUGUCCCGGACGUCCUCGUAUAGUUCCAUUACCGACUCAACGAUGUCGCUGAACAUCAUUACGGUGCAGAUCAACAUGGACACGGUCAAUUUCCUCGGUAUCUCGAUCGUGGGUCAGUCGAAUCGGGGCGGCGACGGAGGUAUCUACGUGGGCAGUAUCAUGAAGGGUGGAGCGGUGGCCCUGGACGGGCGGAUCGAGCCCGGUGACAUGAUCCUGCAGGUGAACGACGUCAACUUUGAGAACAUGACCAACGACGAAGCGGUUCGGGUUCUGCGCGAGGUGGUCCAGAAGCCCGGCCCGAUCAAACUAGUAGUUGCCAAAUGCUGGGACCCGAAUCCCAAGGGGUACUUUACGAUACCCCGCACGGAACCGGUCCGGCCAAUAGACCCGGGGGCGUGGGUAGCGCACACCGCCGCCCUCCGCUCCCAGGACACCAUCAACACAGAACUGCCCGAGUCCGUGCUGGAGCGGCUACACGUCGACUUGGACAUGAAGGACAUCGUACGUGCAAUGACCAAACCCGACAGUGGCCUGGAGAUCCGCGACCGGAUGUGGCUGAAAAUCACUAUUCCUAACGCGUUCAUCGGCGCCGACGUCGUCAACUGGAUCCUCGAGAACGUGGACGGCAUCGGCGACCGGCGGGACGCCCGCAAGUACGUCUCCCUGAUGCUGAGGCGGGGCUACAUCAAGCACACCGUCAACAAGCUGACCUUCUCCGAGCAGUGCUACUACGUGAUCGGCAACGGCAUCCGGCAGGACAUCUCCGCCAUGUCGCUCGACGAUACGGAGAGCAUGCUCAGCGAUAUCGCCCCGCUGCCAAAUCCACCGAUCUACAUGACCUACUCCGGCAACUACAACCCGUCGCACGGCUACCAGCCCAUCCAGUACGGGUGCACCGGCGAGCGGCAUCCCUCGUCCGGCUCCAGCAGUUCCGACAUCCUGACCAGCAAGGACACGUCCGCCUCGCAGAGCGACAUCGCGGCCGUCAUCCAGCAAACCAACCAGAUGACGCUCGCGAACGCGUCCAACAAAUCGUCCGGAUCCUCGAACCGCGGUAAUGAGCAAGAUAUGUCAGUUUUGACCUUGUUAUGAGUUGCUUUAAUUUUAAUUCUCUUUUAAUUAAUUCUUGAAUCAAACAAAACAAAACAAACUUAAUACCCCGCUCGUCAUCAUCAUCACCGAUCAUCGAUCAUCCUCGUGAACAUCGCCAUCAUCGACACCGUUUUUUUUUGUUUGUUAAUAACAAAAAAUACUCGAAAAAACACGCAAUCCCACACCACACCGCACACAAAAACUCGUGUAAAAUUACAUUGCGCUUACGGUGUAAUUUUUCUGUGACGGCCCACAAUUCACGUCAAGGCAGAGUUUAAAAGUGGUGGCAUCCGUGGUGGAGGCGGCGGCGGCGGUAGCAUCGGUGGCAAGCAGCAGUUCCAGCAACAGCACCAACAGCAGUUCCAGCUGAC